UGUUCGGAGACUCGAAGCAAGAAAAAUGAAACUACUUAUUCUUCUUGGAUUCUGCUUAGUUGCCGCCUCGGCAUAUACGGAUACCGCCACUACAGGGCAAAGGAGUUACGGCCUGUACGACCCUUACUACCGACCGUAUUACGGCCCCUAUAAUUACGACUACUAUUAUUAUUACCGACAGCCCAGCUACUACUACGGCAAGAAUCCCUACUACUAUUACAACUACGGGGCUCCUGAAUAUUACUACUCAAACUAUUACAAUCCUUACUACUACCGUUAUGGCUACUACCAACCUGGAUACAGCAACCCUGGCUACUAUUACGGUGACAAGUCUUACAACUACAACUCCGGAUACUACAACCCUGGCUACUACUACGGUGAUAAGUCAUACUACUACAACUCCGAAUACUACAACCCUGGCUACUACUACGGUGACAAGUCCUACUACAACUCCGGAUACUACAACCCUGGCUACUAUUAUGGAGGCAAGGCCUACGGAAAAGGCGAUACGACCCCAUACAGAUCUAGCUACGGACACUCUGGCCACGAAGAUAAUUACAACAUCCCAUUAUACUACGCUCCUGGAUACAAUCAAGGAUACGCAACUUACUCCAAAGACUACCCAUCAUUGACUCAAGAAUAUUACGCAAAACAAAAACUCCUAGAAACUCAAUAAGGUCAACUUGAGAAUUCUAGCAAAUCCGCACCGACCAUGCAGAAUAACGGACCAAAAGAUAUCAUGAACUAA